AUGAAUGAGGAAGAUAUAAGCACAGAUGAGAAUAUAAGUGAACAAAUCAAUGAACCGAAAAAUGAGGAACCUGUUGUUAAUAAAACCAGCAAAAACGCACAACAGGAACAACAAGAGGAGGAAAUAGAUGAUCCAUUAAAUGAACAUAGGGCUCCAACCAAUGAAACAUGUAUAAAAGCAAUUAUACCAGACUAUCCAGUUACAAUUGAUCAACAGAAUAUAUCCACAGGACAAGAAACAUACAGUGUUGCACCUGGAGAAAAUAAACAUCCAGUAUCAUUAAUGAAGGACAAAACGUGUGAGGAAUUAGCAUUCCCUGUUCUAUUCCCAAAAGGCAGAUAUGGUUACACUACAGAGAGAAACAGUCGGUUAACUCUAACUAAAUACUUCAAUGCUAGGUUACUUCAUCAUAGUGGAAGAUUUGCAAGUAACCCAGAAUAUUUGUAUUUUGCACAGUUUAUGAUUGAACAAAAGAAGGUAUCUGAUAGUAUAACCAUUGCUUUGAAAAAAGUCCAUGCUCAAUCUGAAACUGCAUCACACAUAAGAUCCAGUGGGCAAACCUUACAGAAUCUUAUUGGUCAACAUCAGGCAUAUUUAUUUUUGCGACAUAUCCCAGUUGUAGCUAUGGUAAAACAACUUGGAAUUCCUGCAUGGUUUAUGACUUUAUCUUGUGCUGAUUUAAGAUGGCCAGAGUUGUUCCAAAUUAUUUACAGAAUGCAAGGAAAAGAUAUUACUGAUGAAGAGGUUGAUGCUCUCUUGUAUCUGAGAAAUGUAAAAUGCUGA